CAUAUUGAAAUAUAGUUCUUCCGCCAUCAACCUUUCUCGGAAGUUGAAUUUCUGUGAAAAGUUACAAACAAAUUGACCCAAAUAUCCUCAUGAAACGUGUCGAAUCAUCUCGAGGCACCUUAUACCCUGGAUUAAAUCAAAACAUUGUUUAUCCAGGUGACCAUGGAGGCGUCGUCUUCGGACUACAGCGAUGAAGAAGUGGGCGUGCUGGCUCAUGGCCAGAAACUGUGGGUGAGAGGAGUAAGAUCCCACACCACUUGCGCAGACAUUGUGAGAGCAUUGCAGGACGCGCCUGAAGCUGGAGGAUUAAGCGAGCAUGGGGAAUGGGUGCUAGCAGAGCGGUGGCGGGGCGUAGAGCGACCGCUUCCACCAGAUGUUCCAGUCUUGCAUGUUUUGGCAGCGUGGGGGGACGCACGGCAUGAGGUGCGUUUAUCCUUACGCCGCGUGUCAAGCGGCGGCGAGGAUGACUCAGGGAGGGACAGUGACGGGGGCAGCCGGGGAGGGGCGAGGAGGAGAAGGCGGAGAGGUGUCAGGGCGGCCACACCGCCUCCUCGAGCGAGGAGCGAGGACCCUGCAGCCAGGCUCGUCUCCAUCAUACAACACCAAAGCAGGACCAUACACCAACAACUCGACAAAUUAAGAGAACAAGAAAAACUUAUUGACCAGCUAGAAGACCAGACACACAAAAGUCGAAUGGAGAAACAUGGGUCCAACUACCUACUGGAAUCAUACUUGAGGGACCUUGGGAGGUGCAGCGAAGUAAACGACAGUCAAGCCGGCAACAGCGACAGUGGCGUCGGCGUCGGCAGCGGCACACCCCCCAGGCGUCACACCAAACACAAAUCAAGAAGAGAACGGCAUCUCAUGAGAGAACAUUACUUCACAAAAGAACUCACAGAUAUCUGUCAAGUAAAUUCAGAAAGGCUUAAACAAACGCCAACCGACACAGACUCUGAUGCGUCAGCCGACGAACUUUCUAGAAUACGAGAAGAAAUAGAAUUACUGGAAAAACUGGCAAUCAUUAACAAAAGAUUACAUCGAGAAGAAGAACUGGUAGUAAGACUUACGGCGAAAAUAAAAAGAUAUACUGAGGAGAAAAAAGCAAACAGCUGCGAAAAUGUGUCGCAGGUGACUAUGCUAUUGGAUAAAAUUGAAGAAGAGUUAGGGUUGACAGCAAAAGAGAUGCAGGACAACGAUCUAGAGUUAGAGAAGACGAACAGAGACAUAGAAUGUAGAAUGAAGUUACUCGAUGAGUUAACUCUGGAACUUGAAGAGGAAGAACUGCAAAAUGCUGUACUGGAAAGACAGUUAAACGAAACGUCGAGUCGACAACCAAUCCUCUUACAAGAUAGCUACGUUCCUGUAUUAGAACAAGCUAAUUUCACUUACGGACCUGGUUACGUGCUAGACACACUUGUAUGACAAAUGCUUGAAUUAGCGUGUUUGUUCCAAAGAUAUUCGAAAUUACCAGUCUCAGUGAACUGAGUGUUGUAUCCCAAAACGAAACGAUCCCUCCCAAAAUUGUAUAUUUUCUAUUAAAAUUAAUUUUAAGUCGUCUUCUUUAAAUUACGUCACCAGCAAUAAAAUGACGUAUUAAAUAAAGUAUGGCAAUUUAUACGUGACCUAGAAUAAGUUUUGUCCAAAUAUAGAUAUUAUAAAUCGUUAAUUUUGUUAUUAUAUAGUAAUAAAAUGUCUGUCUGUGAUGUCAAAAAUACAUUUCAUUUUAUAAUAUACAAGUACAGAUAUAGUGUCGUAUUUUUUUCCUCAAAUAUUUCUGAUAUCCACAAACAUCGUGAGUUCAUUUUCAGUCGUACUCCAACGAUUUUAGAAAAAUUGGUUUAAAUUGUAUAAAAUAUUGUAACUACAAUAUUUUGUGCAGUGAUAGUUUUCUUUAAGCAAAACUGCAACAAUAAAUGUUACAUUACUACGUA